AUGUAUGCGUACGAGCAUAAGAGUAGGUUGUUUCUUCAUCGAGUCUUUGGAUAUCGAGGUGUGAUUCUAUUCCCUUGGCUUGCAAGAGUAUUUGAUCGAUGUGAUGGGCGUUCAAAUACAUUACCCCCAAUAAUACAAUCAACAAAAUCAUCACAAUCGAAUAUACAUGAGAUUCGUGCAAAAACAGUUACUUAUUAUCAAGCUUUAAUUGAUACAAGAGAUAUGCCUCAUAUUCGAGCUCAAACAGAAGCUGUUACAUUUUUGGGUAAUCAAGAACGUGAUCGAAAUCUUUAUGCUAUACCAGGUCUUGAUUAUGUUGCACACGAAGAUGUUAUACCAUAUACGAGUACAGAACGAACACCAAUUGAACAUGAAUUAUUUGAUAAAUUUUUAUUACAUGAUUCUGAAGCAACUCCAAAUUUUGUACCACGGGAAUAUUUAAAAUCAUGGCAAGAACGACAUCAUCAUUGGCUUGAAUUAUCUGAUGUAGCAAAAGAUGUAACUCAUCAAAUACGAGUUACUGUUAUUCCAUUUUAUAUGGGAUCUCGCUCAGCUCAAGGUGUAACUGUUCAUUGGUGGCGUUAUUCAAUUCGUAUUGAAAACUUAAAUCCAGAUGAACCAGUUACAUUACGUGAGCGUCAUUGGCGUAUAUUUAGUUUAUCAGGUACAUUAGAAACUGUACGUGGUAAAGGUGUUGUUGGACAUGAACCAAGAUUAUCAAAAGAAUAUCCAGCAUUUCAAUAUUCAUCGCAUAUAUCAUUAUCGGCACCCAGUGGUCAUAUGUGGGGUACAUUUAAAAUGGAAAAAGAUGAUGGAACAUUUAUUGAAGUUCGAAUACCACCUUUUAAUCUUGAAUGUGUGGCUUGGAUAACUGGCAGGUCAGCAAGAAAAUGGUAUCGACAAUUACCACUAGAAAAACGAUCGAUUUUUAUUCAACAUCUUGAUCGACAUAAAUAUAAAUAUAUUGGAAUAUUUGGAACAAUAGGAGCUGCUCUUGCUAUUAAUUAUUAUACUCAUCUUGAAACAUCAUCCAUAACUGGACGAAGACGUUUUAUAAUGAUGAAUGAUGAACAAUUAACAAUUGCAACAAUGUUUUCUAAUCAAAUGUUACCUGAAAACAGUAAACAAACUCAACUUGUAGCUCGAGUAGCAAGACAAAUAAUUGGUGCUAACAUGGAUAUAGGCAAUAUUAGAAACAUAAAAUGGAGUGUUCGAGUUGUUUCAAUUAAUUUUCUUUUUAUAGCUAUAUUUGGAGCAUUUGUUAUCUGGGCUGUCUUUCCAACUGAUUGGACUUCAUUUUGGGUAAAUUAUAUAUUUGAACAUUUAAUAACAUUUACUUCACGUUUACCUUAUUCUCGACUUUUGGAAGAAGAAGCUGAUGAAAUUGGUCUUAUGCUAGCAGCAAAAGCUUGUUUUGAUGUUCGUGAAUCUGUAACUUUUUGGAAAGCAGUUGAUGUAGCUGAAGCUAAUCAAGAAGUUUCAGAAUUUCUUUCUACACAUCCGGCAAAUGCCAAACGUGCUGAAAAUCUUAAUGAAAAACUUCCUUGGGCACUUGAUAUACGUCGUCAAUGUAAAUGUGCUCCAUUACCAGAAAAUAAACCAGUUAGCACACUUAAUCUACCUAAAAAUUCAGACGAAAAAGUAUCAAUCUUUAUUUCAUGUCUAUAA